GACCCGGUAUGCAGUUCACACAGGUUCCAAACUAUCAAAACCCACCAGGAUCCAUGCCUUAUCAAACCCAGCCGCCGCCUCCCAAUGGCUUGAGACCUUUCACGCCUAUGCCUAAUGGUUAUCCCGCUGUUCCUCCUCCCGCGUCUUUGAUUGAGAAACGUUGCAGAGGCUUCAAAUAUUGACUAGGGACUCUCUCUCUCACUUCUUCGACUCCCUUCUGUUUGGUAUGCGCAAUAUCCUCCUUCCUUUUGUUUAGCCAUAACAACACUCUUUUAACCAAACCCCCUGACCUUAAAUCAUCUUGAAAAAAUAUUGCAAUUUUUAUGUUAAAUUGAGAUUUACUCUAGUUAUUUUAAGAGCUUUGAACUUGAUGGGUUAGCCAACUGCUGGAAACAAAGCACUUGUAGCGACUGAUUUCUCCUUGGUCUUGGGUUUUUGAGGUAUUGCUAUUUCUUUUAAGGCUUCCACAUAUUCUUCUUUCUUUUCCAACCUGCUAAUGGUUGAGUUAAAAGUUAUUAUGAUGGGAUAUACUAGUUUUUUUUAUAAGUUCCAUGUGGGCAUGUGAUGAUGGGCGUUCUGAUAUUAUCUGAUCUCAAAUCCAACGUUUGUGAGAUUGGUUAUACAUUCCUUUCUCUUUCAAGUUUCCCUGUGAGGUACAGCUACUUAAUGUGGUUAAUAAUGACUGCGAUACUGGUGCUAUCUUCUUAAUGUCUCCUUCAGGUUUCUAAUGUUCAUCCUGGUGGUAUUUGUACUGCCUCUGGUGUCCAUAUCUAAUUUGCUCUUGUUUGUGGGGUUCUCCGGUAUCCUUCUCCGUAUCCAACAAUGGUUCGUCCGGGUUUCAUUAUGCGCCCUCCUGGUACAGUCGGUCCUGUGCCACUUGUACAACGUCCACUUAUCCCAGGAAUGCCUGGUCUCCGUCCCGUUAUGCCUCCUAUGAUUAGACCAGUUCUUGCUCCUUUCGUACCACCAGUAGAGAAACCGCAGACGACUAUUUACAUAGGCAAGAUCGCAACCGUGGAAAAUGACUUUAUGAUGUCUAUUCUCGAGUUUUGUGGACAUGUCAAAAGCUGUUUACGUGCGGAGGAUCCCACCACCAAGAAACCUAAAGGUUUUGGAUUCUAUGAAUUUGAAUCAGCUGAAGGGAGUCUUCGUGCAAUACGCCUUCUUACCAAACUAACUAUAGAUGGACAAGAGCUUUUGGUGAAUGUUAAUCAAGCAACAAAGGAGUAUUUGCUAAAAUAUGUUGAGAAGAAAAUUGAGAAAGCCAAGGAUAACCAAGGUGAAGGUCCUGAGAGUGAGCGAGAAAAAGCUGUAAUAUCUGCUGCGCCCACCGUUGGGGAGACGGGAAAGGAUGGAGAACCAAAGAGUAAAGAAAACAUUGAUAUUGCUAACUCUGCAGUUCUAACUGAUGAAGAAAGAGAAGCUGACAAAGAGGCUAAGGAGAAGAUUGACAAUGCUAUUGAAGAAAGGUCAAAGUCCAACCCUCUGCCUCCACCACCCCCACCACCACCUGUUGAUGGUUCAGGCAUAGAGUUUGCUUUCAAAUCUAAGGAUGGAGACUCCAACACUGACAUAGCUCGGAGUGAUUCCGCUGCAAAUGAUGUUGAGACGCCUGGAGAACACAGUAGGCUUGACACAAGUUCACCUGACUGGAGUAAGAGAAAUGACCGUAGAAGCAGAGACAGAGGUGAAAAGGAGCAAGAAAUGGAUAGGCAUGAGAGGGAGGCAGAACGGGAACGAUUAAGGAAAGAGAGAGAGCACAGGAGGAAACUUGAGGAUGCGGAGCGUGCUUACCAGACUCGUCUUCGACAAUGGGAACGCAAAGAAAGAGAAAAGGAGAAGGAACGGCAGUACGAGAAGGAGAAGGAGAAAGAAAGGGAGCGUAAGAGGAAAAAGGAAAUCCGCUACGAGGAAGAGGAGGAUGAAGAUGAUGAUGAUUCGAGAAGAAGAUGGCAUAGAGGUGCAGAAGAGAGAAGAAGACGGCGGCAAAGAGAGAAGGAGGAUGACUUAGCUGAUAGAUUGAAAGAAGAGGAAGAGGCUGCUGAGGCGAAGAGGAUUGCUGAGGAGCAAAAGUUGCAGCAACAACAGUUAGAUGCUUUAAGGCUCCUAUCUGGACAUGCAGCUAUUGGAAGUGAGCCGAUUCAGGCAUCAACCAUUGAAAACGAUACUAAGACAACUCUCCAAACUGCAGGUGAAUCUUUCAGUGACCAGCAUGCAUCAGGUGUUGAACAAAAUGGUUCUGGUAAUGAAAUGUCUAUGGCUGUUGAUAAUAACAGUGGAUCUGAGGCACAUGCUCCUUCCAAGAAAUUGGGAUUCGGGCUUGUUGGAUCCGGGAAACGGACAUCUGUACCUUCAGUUUUCUAUGAGGAGGAUGAAGAAGAAGCACAUAAGGAUAAGAAGAUGAAACCUUUGGUUCCUAUAGAUUACUCAGCCGAGGAACAGGAAGCCGUCGCCCACGGUGGCUCAGGGAAUACACCACCACCUCAUUUGGCUUUAGCUGCUGAAUUUGCAAAACGAAUUUCGAGUAGUAAUCCCAAGGAAGAGACAACAGAAGCCCAGAAGCAUAGGAGCAGCAAACGUUCCCAUGAUAAGCCAAGCCACCGGGAAAGGGAACGGGAAAAGGACAGAGACAGAGCCAGGGACCGAGGCGACGGGCAUGGUGGUUCAACCAAAGAGUCUGGAAAAGCAAAGACCCCUGAUACCAAGAAGCUGAUGGAUGCCAAACAAUUGAUAGAUACAAUCCCAAAGACAAAGGAAGAGUUGUUUUCUUACGAGAUAAACUGGGCUAUGUAUGACGAGCACCAAUUGCACGAAAGAAUGAGGCCAUGGAUCUCAAAGAAAAUCAUGGAGUUUCUUGGAGAAGAGGAAGCCACACUGGUAGAUUUCAUUGUGUCAAACACUCAACAGCACGUGAAAGCCUCUCAAAUGCUUGAGCUGUUACAAUCGAUACUAGAUGAAGAAGCUGAGAUGUUUGUACUCAAGAUGUGGAGAAUGCUCAUCUUCGAGAUCAAGCGUGUCGAAGCUGGUGUGCCCCGGUAAAAUCCAAAGCCUUGAAACCCUUUUUUUUUUUGUUUUGUUUGAAGACUUUUCUUUUUUCUUUUUUGGUCUUAUUGUCUUUGGAUUUAAAGAGGAAUCAUCAUGUUUACAAGAUUUAAUUAAUGUAGAAGAAGAUAUUGAAAAUGAUAUACACAUUCUAGUUGACAAUAA